AGCUUCGAAUCUAUUACAUUGCGCGCUUUGAAACUUUAAUUUUUUAACUCUUUCAUAAGACAUACCAAAGGAGGCCUUUGUAAUCUUGCAGACAGUCAAUAAUUGCGGGUUGUCGACGGCGUGGGCGGACUGUAAUUGCGUCGUCCAUAUAACAAGUACACCCCCGUGAAAGAAGAAGAAAGAACACUUUGGUGGUGAGAGAUGACUACGGUGGUGAGAAGUCUGGGUGGGUUUCUCAUCCAGGAAGCGAAUAACUUGGGUGGGUUGAGGCCUCAAGUUGACCAAUUGCAAGCCCAGCUAAACAGGAUGCAAUGCUUCUUAGUAGCUGCAGAUGCAAGACCAAGAGGAGGACCAGAAGGAGAUGAGAUUAUAAUGCACCAAUGCGUUGCUGAGAUCAGAGAAGCAUCCUAUGAUGCUGAAGCUGCAAUUGCAACUUUUCUUGUCAAAAUUGCAUUUCGUACUAGUGAGAGAUCAGAUCAGUUCCCUUUCAUUCUCAAGAGGUAUUUGUGUAUCUUCAAGGAAUGUUUAGCCCUUCGUGAGGUUAGGUUGGAGAUUGAGGCUAUUAAUACCAGGAUCACCAAUAGCCUCACAACAGGUUUUCAAACUUGUGGAAUACUAAAUUCUACAGGAGUAGUAGAAAGUUCAUCAUCAACUUCUCUGGCUGAGAGGCAGCGACAAUUAAGGCGAUCCUAUACCCAUAUUGUUGAGGAGGAUGUUGUCGGCACAGAAGAAGAUGUAAAAGCAGUAGUGGAUCUUUUGGUGACGGAGAAUACAAAUUAUAGAGUUGUUUCCAUUUGGGGGAUGGGUGGUCUUGGCAAGACCACCCUUGCCAAGACGGUUUACAAACACAUUGAAAUUAGGCGCCAUUUUAAAUGUGUUGCCUGGGCCUAUGUAUCUCAACAAUGCAAUACAAGGGACGUUCUUGUAGAGAUUCUUAUCAAACUUCUCUCCCCACCAAAAGAAGAAAGGGAAGAGAUUGAAAAGUCGAAACAUCAUGACCUAGUCAAGAAACUUCAUCAAGUCCAAAGUGAGAAGAAAUGUUUGGUGAUUCUCGAUGACAUUUGGAAGGAUGCGGAUUGGGAUAGUUUGAGUCCAGGCUUCCCAAAUACUACAGAGGUAGGCAGCAAAUUAUUGCUAACAACUCGCAAUGAAAAUGUUGCUAAGCAUGUAGAUCAACAAUGUGUGCUUUAUAAAUUGAGGCACUUAACAGAAAAGGAGAGUUGGGAGCUUUUUGAGAAGACCUUGUUUAGAAGAAACGAAGACUCCAGAGUGCUUGACACAAAUAUGAAGGCAUUGGGGAGGGAAAUGGUAAAGCUAUGUGCUGGUUUACCGUUAGCAAUCAUUGUGUUUGGUGGACUUUUGGCAACAAAGCAUACAGUAAGGAAAUGGGAGAAGGUAUACCAAAAUGUCCGUUCGCGUAAAUGGAGUGACGACCCCAUACAACAUUACGAUGGAGUAUUAGAGGUGUUAGCUUUAAGCUACCAUGACUUGCCUGAUCAAUUCAAGCUAUGUUUUCUAUAUUUUGGUCACUUUUCAGAGGAUUUUGAGAUAGAUGCUGAAAGACUAUAUAACUUGUGGAUUGCUGACGAUAUAAUUAUAGAUGCUGAUAGAGUGGGGGAUGAAACAAUAAUGGAUGUGGCAAAACGUUACUUGGGUGCACUUGCACAGAGGUGCAUGGUUCAAGUACAAGUAGAGGAGCAUACUCAAGAGAUCAAUUAUUGCCGCAUUCAUCACCAUAUGCUGGAUCUGUGUUUAUUAGAGGCAAAAAAGAAUAAUUUUCUUAGGAUCAUUCAUCUCCAACACAAAACUGAUCUAACUGAUUACUUGUCCACCACAUUAACAACUACUACUCUUGAAAUACGCAAACUUGCAAUUCAUUUGAAUAGGGAUAUCGAAAGAGUUGUCCUCCCUGACUUGGUGACAACUAAACAGCUAAGAUCAAUAUUGUUCUACAAUCCAAGACGUGACAACGAGUCUUCAAUAGAGUUGAAAUCCCAUUUCAAGAACUUCAAAUUGCUUAGGAAUUUGGAUCUUGAAGGAUUUAAGUUUGAUGAAAAGUUAGUCAAAUCAAUAGGUAACCUAAUUUGCUUGAGGUACUUGAGUUUUAGACAUUGUUUCAUGCCAAAAUGGCAUUCGUCUAUCUGCAAGUUGAAAUACUUGCAAACCUUGGAUUUACGAGGUUGCAACUUCAACUUAGGUGAAGAAAUAGUCUUACAUUCAAUGGAAGGAUUGAGACAUUUGUUUAUUUCUUUGAACUUGAAUUUCAGAAACAAAUUCAAAUUGGAUGGGUUGAGAAAACUCGAGACAUUCGAAGGGUUCAACACAUGGAACUGUGACGUCAAUGACCUGUUCAAAUUAAUCAAUCUUCGGCAACUAGAUGCAACUUUCCCGGAGACAGAAAACAGUGAGGACUUUGGGGCAUUCCUCGACUACGUAAACAUCAGUACCAACCACCUUCGACAAACAUCCUUAUCAGUUUAUUUUUCCUUCGAAGAAGAAAAGUUGACUAUUCUCAAACAACUGUUAGGGUGUCACCAUCUUUACAAAUUGUCUGUAUUUGGAUUUAUUGUCAAGUUACCAAAGUACCAAGAUUUCUCUUCCAGCAUCAUCAAGUUACAGUUGUGCUCGUGUAAACUUCAAGAGGACCCUAUGCCAACAUUGGAGAGGCUACUUCGCCUACAAUUCCUCAAUUUAGAUUUUGAUGCCUUUGUAGGGGACAAAAUGGUUUGCUCAGAUAAUGGUUUCCCCCAACUCAAAACCUUACAACUCCAUUGUUUGAAGCACCUUAAAGAGUGGGAGGUGGAAAUAGGAGCCCUGCCCAAUCUCACUGUUUUAGCCAUUCAUUAUUGCCAAGGACUGGAAAUGGUUCCAGAGGGACUAAGAUUCAUUGCUACCCUCCAGCAAUUUACAAUUCAAGAAAUGAGUGAAAAAUUUAAUAACAAGCUUCGAGGGGUCAAUGGUGAAGAAGGAGAAGAUUUUUACAAAGUGCGACAUGUGUCUUCCGUCAACAUUCGUCGAUAGGAUAUUGGCCAAUGGAAAGUGGAAGAAGAAAAUACUAGAAGUUAAAAGUUGGAAUCCACGGUACCUAAUUUUAUUUUAUUACUGGAAUUGAUUUGUAUAGGUUGUAUUUAAGUUUGAGUUGGAGUUGUUGGCUUGUAUUGAACAAUAUUUAUUUUAUGUUUGCGUUUUAUUUAAAUACUAUUAAAGACUUAUUUAGUUUAAUUAUUUAUUA